GUCAGUAUUCUAUUGUUGGUCGGAGAAAGUACGUCACGCGCUUUUGGUGAACAGGAUAUUUCACGCCAAAUCAUCAAUAUGGCUAAGAAAAUUUCUUAUUCUAAAAUUUCCCGGCGAUCUCAACUCAUAUUAGAAUGGUAACGUCAAAAAUACCAAGUUCGGAUUACUUUAAGAUGCGAACAGGAAACAUAAUUUGUAAACAAUUUGUAUGCUCGACCAUAUUCCAUGACGUCGGCAGUUUUCAACAAAUUUAGUGAGAUUCAAAAUAGUUUAACAUCUUACCAAUCCCGAAAUUUGAUAAACGAAAUUACUAUGCUAAACAAAGCCUCUCACAACGUAUCAUUAGAAAACACUGAUAUGUUUUGUAAUGAAGAAAUGCCAGCAGAUGAUUUUCCUUCUGACAAUGUACCUGAUGCUAUCCAACAUAAUUCUUUUUACCCUGAUAAUAAUACAAAACCAUCAUUAUGCCCUAAUAUAUUAGAUUUUAAUUCAGACGACUCAGUUCUUGACGAAGAUUAUAUUCCGGAUUCAAGCGAAGAUUCAGACGAUUUAAAUUUGCCAGAAAACGUUCCUUCGUACCGAAAAUUGCCAAAGAAAAGUCAAUUACGAACUUUUCCUACAAAUUUAACAGAGCCUUCUACUUAUACAGCUACACUCACCAAAUCUUCACCAUCUCAUACAUUCCGUAAUUCACUGUCGUCAAAUAAACAUAAAAAAAGACGCGUUACGACAGAUUUUCGAGAACUAAGAUGCAUUUAAAAUGGGAAAAAAAGAGCCAAGAAAACACACUGUAGAUUGGACUAAUAAAAACAAAAAUAGUCACACUAUGCAAACGAAAAGCACUGGUACGGGGAGAAGUGAACUUGAUGUCCAACCAUAGAAACGAAAGAAGUAUGACACUGGCCUAGGUGAACGGAUUAAAGAGAAGAGAGCUAAAAAGCAAUUAGAAUACUGAGCAAUUUACUGAGCAAGAUAGAGCACAGUUAAACUCUGAUUUUUGGAGUUUGUCUUUUGAACAGCGAAGAGUUUUUGUUAUGUCUCAAGUGGCUGUAGCAGUUCCGAAAAGAAAAUACACAAGUGAACCUAAAAGAAAGCCGAAAAUAUGUUUUGCGUUUAAGAAGAAAAGAAGUGGAUAUGUUAUUGACGUGUGUAAAAUUUUUUUUGACUACCUUGGGUUAAAAAAAAUACCGACGCGAUAUUGAGGUCACUUGAUGUUACAAAUCCCAUUCAUUCCGACAUGCGUGGAAAACACCAGAAAACGCCUCGUAUAGAUCGCCAGUUAAUUAAUAACCACAAACAAUCAUUCAAUCCUGCAUAGUGCA